AUGCUCCUGCUACGCGGCGCCAGGGCGGCGGCGUCGGCGUGGGCGGCAUCCACCGCGGUGGCCGCAGGUGCCAGCGGCGGCAGGUCCAUAUCCAUUCGGCUGACCCCCGUGGCCGCAUUGUCCUCGGGCGGAAGGAAGAGGAAGGGCCAGCGGCGGGGCGAGGCCAAGCCUCCGAGCCCGCCGCCGCAGCCCCUGCCUCGGCAGAGCAAGACCCCGAGCAGCAAGAAGAAGUCAGGACCGAGGCCGUCGGGUGAGGCCAAGAAGAACCUCCCGGUGGAGCUGGAAGAAGCGCGCGGCCCGCGGAGGCCGGAGGGCGGCGAGGCGAGGAAGGGGAAUACGCAGCAGCAGCUGCAGGAGAAGGUGAAGGUGAAGAGGCUGGUGCGGUGGAAGUGCGCGAGCGGGUGCGGCGCGUGUUGCAAGCUAGACAAGGGCCCCGACUUCCCCACUCCCGACGAGAUCUUUGCCGACCAUCAGGAUGACCUCCAGCUGUACAGGAGUAUGAUCGGCUCUGAUGGAUGGUGCAUCAACUACGACAAGGCCACCCGCACCUGCAACAUCUACCAAGACCGACCUUCCUUCUGCAGGGUGGAACCAAAGGUUUUUGAUGAGUUCUUUGGUGUGCCACGCAGCAGAUUUGACCGGGAAGCUUGCAGUGCUUGUGUGGAUAACAUCAAGAUGGUGUAUGGUGAUGACUCUGCUGAGCUCAGUAAUUUCAAGCGUGUGAUAAGGGAGGAAAGUAACAAGAUGGAAAGCAAGAACCAAGAUAAAUUGUUGGAUACAUAG